AGAAGGUGGGUAGAGCAUGGGCUCCCGCCUGCUUAUCCCUGUUACUGCCGCAGGAUGGUGAGAUGGUAGAAAGGGAACAGGAUGGCGUCUCGACUCAGCUACUUACAACAGGAGCUUUUAAAAGCUCUGCUGGAAUCUGGGGUCACCAAGGAAGCUCUGACCAAAGCUUUGACUGAUGGGGACAAUUACUCAUACCCCAGAGACCCGCUGAAUGAUAUGAGUAGUUUGGAAGGUGGGGAGCACUGCGUGCAAUUGCCUAAUGGGUUGGGAGAGCCUCAGAUAUCAGAAGACGAAAGUUCUGAGGAUGGGGGGGACUUUACACCACCAAUUAUAAAGGAGUUAGAAAGACUGAGCCCUGAAGAAGCUGCUCAUCAGAAGGCGGUGGUGGAGCGACUCCUUCAGGAAGACCCAUGGCAUGUGGCCAAGCUGGUGAAAUCCUACCUUCAGCAACACAACAUCCCACAACGAGAGGUGGUGGAUACCACAGGGCUCAACCAGUCUCACCUCUCCCAGCAUCUCAACAAAGGUACCCCCAUGAAAACACAAAAGCGAGCGGCGCUGUACACCUGGUAUGUUGGCAAGCAGCGAGAAAUUGCUAAACAAUUCACACAUGCAGGGCAGGGGAUGUUAACAGAUGACAUAUCCUGUGAUGAAGCUCCAAGCAAAAAAUUAAGAAGAAACCGUUUCAAAUGGGGCCCGGCGUCACAGCAUAUCUUAUUCCAGGCGUAUGAACGGCAGAAGAAUCCCAGCAAGGAGGAACGUGAGGCACUGGUGGAAGAAUGUAACAGCUCAUUUUUCUUCUGUGAUCCAAGGGCCGAAUGUCUGCAAAGAGGUGUCUCGCCUUCCCAAGCCCAGGGAUUGGGCUCAAAUCUGGUGACAGAAGUACGCGUAUAUAACUGGUUCGCCAAUAGGCGUAAGGAGGAGGCUUUUCGGCACAAACUGGCAAUGGACACUUACAAUGGACAGAGUUCAACACCUUCCUUGUCAGCUCAUGACAUCUCUCAUUCUAAGGGACAUGGACUCCGGUACACUCAAGAAUCAUCCAGUGAGCGAGGGACCGCUAUGGUUAGCAGUCAGGGCGGAAUGUCUCCCUCCACCCUGGAUCACAGCCACAGUCUGAUGGGCAGCGACAGCAAGUUAAUUUCUGCAUCAGGAGGUUCUCUUCCACCUGUAAGCACAUUGACUGCUCUGCAUAACCUGGACCAUGGACAACACACCCUCAGUCAAACACAAAACUUGAUCAUGGCUUCACUUCCCAGCGUCAUGACGAUUGGAACAGACGCAUCGCUUGGACCAGCGUUCAGCAAUCCCGGUUCCUCCACGCUGGUGAUUGGUCUUACAUCCCAAGCUCAGAGUGUCCCAGUCAUUAACAGUGUGGGCACCAAUUUGACCACAUUGCAGCCAGUUCAAUUCUCCCAGCAACUCCACCCAUCACACCAGCAGCCAAUUGUGCAACAAGUCCAGGGUCACAUGACACAGAACCCCUUCAUGGCAACAAUGGCUCAGCUGCAGCCACCCCAUGAUCAGCGCUUUCUCGAGAUUAUGGACUCUCCUCUCUUCUCUCAAGCUAUCUAUAGCCACAAGGCCGAUGUUGCCCAAUAUGCAUCUGCUGGCUUCUUCCCACAGACUAUGGUAAUUACAGAGACAUCGAAUUUAGGGGCUCUGACAAGCUUGACAUCCACUAAACAGGGAGAUUCUCAGGGAUCCCAGCUCCAGAGUCAGGACUCUGCCAUCUUGCACCUUUCUGCCAACCACAGACUCUCCUCCAGUCCAGCUGUGUCCUCUGCGAACAUGGUACAUUACCAGAACGCAAGUACCCCUGAGAGUCACGGUCACCUCCUGUCCCCCUCACAUGGCUCCAUCGACAGUUUUAUUUCCACACAGAUGGCAUCUUCCUCGCAAUGACACCGGUGACCUCCAUGAACUACACUUGUGUUCUAAUUGCCACUGCUAUCUGGACUCAAUGGAAGAAACUCUGCUGGACUUUUUUUUUAUAUAUAUAUAAAGGGACUUUACUCGCUACAUUAUUGUAUUCGCUAAUACUAAGAUGGUAUGAACAUAUAGGAGGUAACCUGGAUGGGCAGAACUCCUGGAGCAACGCCUGUCGCAAUAUGGCAGGACACAUGGAGCCAAUGCUGACAUGCAAAGGCGGGACACUUUCAUAUUGUGGAUAUUUUAACUAAUGUGUUGCUUUCUAUUGAUUUGGAUAUAAUAUAAAAAAAUCUGAAUUUAUGGUUCACUA